AUGGAUCAUGUUACAAAAGGAAAGCCUGGUGCCUUUUUCAUAGAUGGUCCUGCUGGAACAGGAAAACUUUUUUAUAAAAUGCUCUAUGCAAAAAUCAGAUCAAUGAAUAAGAUUGUUUUACCAACAGCCACUUCAGGUAUUGCUGCAGCCAAUAUUCCUUCAGGUAGAACUGCACAUUCACGGUUUAAAAUCCCUUUAGAUCCUUUAGGGUCUCUUGCUUAUAAUGUUCCUAAGCAGGGAAGUCUAGCUGCACUUCUAAGGGAAACAACGUUGAUUAUUUGGGAUGAAGCUUAUAUGGCUAAAAAUGAGAAUAUCGAAUCCCUCGACUCACUACUCAGAGGUAUUUGUAGUUCAAGUGAAUUAUUUGGAGGCAAAAUAGUAGUUUUUGGUGGGGAUUUUAGACAAGUUCUUCCUAUUAUUCCACGCAAAACACAGCAAGAGGCAGUUACUGCGAGUUUAGUCACUUCUGCUCUAUGGCCACAGUUGCUGAAGUUCAGGCUUAAUGAAAACUUAAGAGCUAAAGAUGAUCCUGAAUAUGCCGCUUAUUUGUUGGCAUUGGGAAAUGGUGAAUUGCAAAACACCGAGGAUGCGUUUGUUGAGCUGCCACUGGAAAUUGUUAAGCCUUGUUAUAAUGGAGAAGCUGAUGAUGUACAUCUAACAGCUGUAGCAUUUCCAGAAUAUUUUUACUACAAGAGCUAUACUAACACCGAUGAAUGA